AUGAGUCGCAGGGCGGAUGAGUCGAGUGACUCCCUGUCAUAUGAAUACAUUCUGGAAUACGUACGGACGAGGGGGAGGUAUGAUUUGUCGAUGAGCAAGUAUCAUAAGGCGGUGAAGUGUAGAGAGGGGAGAGUGGUACAUGCAGAUGUAGGUGCAGCAACUGAGGAUGGGGGGUCGAAGACCACGAUGAAGUUGGCCGGGAAGAAGACGGAGAAAUUGGAUGGGAAGACCACCCCCUACAGCCUCUUCGACAUGAACGUGGUGACUCUGUACGACGAACUCAUAGACGUGUUCCGCUACAACCACAUCGCAAUAAAGAAUUGCAAUUUCACCUUUUCGAAGAUCAGUAAGAAUACCUACCGAGGGUGCGUAUUCGUGUGGUUUGUGCUUAAUGGGGUUCAAAUGACUGGACCUAUGGAUUCGAGCGAAAAUAAAAAAAAUCAAAACGAUGAACCAAAAGGAAAGGAUAAAUCGAAUAGAUUAAUAAUGUAUCGAGGACAUGAUAACGCUGAGGAAGGAAAAAAUGGACCUAGAAGGAAAGAUAACAUUAUACGGAACUUGAAGGUGAAGGGAAGCAGAGUAUCAAAUAUAAAGGAAGUUCUUAAGGAUACAUUUGAUACCCUUAUCUUUUUCAUGAUUAACAGAUACAACAUUAAGCUAAAAAUAAAUCACUCCUAUAGAGUGAAGGAGACGUGUAGCUAUGUAAUAAAAAAUGAAGAAGUAUACAAGUUUUUGAAAAACGACAACUACUUCAGAAUAGAUCUAAACAAACUACAUUACGAUAUAAACGACUACUCAUUCGUAUUUGGAAAGAACAUAACUCAGUUUGUUGAUUUUUUCAAAUACAUAAAACACAUCCAUUCCUCUGCGUACUUGAUAUCCCUUCUUGUUAGAAUUAUCGCUGAUAAAAAUAAAAUACAUAAGUACAGCUCACAGCUGUUCUUCUGCAAAAGGAAUGAUGAAUGCAUUUGUAAUUUGUACAUGAGCUUUGUGAAACAGGACCAGGAGAGUUUUCAGAAGAUUUUUUUCAAUAGUAAACUCGCUAGCAUGGAGAAUAUAAUUCCGUCAAAGGUGUCUCUUAUCGAGGAAGUGAAGAAGAAGAUAAUGAGAAGGCGCGACUUGUCCUACCCCGACGAGCUUUUCAUAUGCUCCUUCGUCAAGUCCUUCUAUACGUUCAAGUUGGGUGAAGGACCGACGAACCAGAUGAAUCCAACAAACGAUGCGGUCCACACGGUCGAUACGGUCAACACGGUCGAUACGGUCAACACGGUCGACACGGUCCACACGAUCGAUACGAUCGAAAGGGAUAAUACUAGCGACAUGAUCGAAGGGGAUAACACUAGCGACAUGAUCGAAGGGGAUAACACUAGCGACAUGGUCGAAAAGUAUAGCACUGGCGAUAGGAGCCCUUCCAGUAACAACAGCCCCACCACUCAUACCAUCCGAACUUACCAAAAGAACAACUUGCACGAUGUCGGCGUCAUCCUUGAUGACACACCAAGCGCGCAUAUAACAAACGCAGGGGAAGUUACACAGGAUCAAAUACUCAUAAGCGACAGUACAACUAAUGACCAGGAGAGCAAUAAAAAAAGGGGAUCACAGAAAUCUCCUUAUAUAGAUACCCCCAGAGCAGAUAUAAAAAGCUAUUUAAGAUAUUCUACAAGGGGGUGCAGAGGAGAAGUAUCCAACACGCACCAUCUCAACAGGGAGGAAGAUAAUCUAGAAAUGGUAGUUAGGUGUAGUGGGAAAAGGACCCACAUGCAUAACCAGAAUUGUGCUAAUAAGGGAAAUCCUUCCUUGCAGCAGUUCCAUACAAAACUCAGGAGAUAUGACAUAAGAAACAAUAGAAGUUCCUCCAUCCUUAAGGUGCACAGUGGUGGCAGUGGUGGUAGUGGUGGUAGUGGUGGCAGUGGUGACAGUGGAUUCAUUUAUAGCAACAGGAAGAAGGUGCCCUUUUCGAGAACCAUUAGGGGAGAGAUACCACCGCAGGCACAUGGGAAGGUUGAAUCCAGAUCGCACUCUCUCACCUCGUCGGAAAUGAAGAAAUCUUUGAAGAACAUCUUGGAAAUGAAUAAUGAAGACCACUUUGGAAGGAAGAGAAGGACGAUGGAAGAAUCCAUUUUGGGCGUUCAGAGGAGAGGACGAGCCUCCCCCGAAUAUGUCGUUCCAGACAAGUGUCAUCAUUCGCUAGAUGGUAAGGAGCUCAUCGUGAUUGAUCUAGAUGAGAGCACUUGCGGGGGUAGCUCGAACGAGGUGGUGAUGGAUUCGGAACAUCUGGUCGGCGGUGAUUUCACGGGGGGGCAAUGCACCAACGAGCAGUCUACCAAUGAUGAACCCGCCAACGAUGAACCCGUCAAAGAUGAACCCGUCAAUGAGGAGCCCACGAAAGAGCUACCAACGGAAGGAUCCAGAAUGAAUGAGCUGUCAACGAAUGAACCGUCAACAAAGGAGGUGGUCACAGAGGGGGUGGACGACGGUGCUCCAACCACCCACACGGAAAUCUACCAAGGCAGGGGAGAAAAAAUUGAAAAGGGGAUGACACCAAAGAGGAAUAUCUAUGAUGAAGGGAUGCCUUCCCAUUAUGGCGCUCUGAAGAAGAGGAAAACGAACGGGGAGUUCAGCCAGGAGGUCAGAGGGAGUGAAGAUGUAUGCGACAGCGUAGGUAGCGGUUCCGGUGAGGGUUCUGGUGAGGGUUCUGGUGAAGUUUCUGGUGAGGGAUCUGGUGAGGGAUCUGGUGAGGGUUCUGGUGAGGGAUCUGGUGAAGGUUCUGGUGAAGGUUCUGGUGAGGGAUCUGGUGAGGGAUCUGGUGAGGGUUCUGGUGAGGUAUCUGGUGAAGGUUCUGGUGAGGGCUCUGAUGAAGUUUCUGGUGAGGGAUCUGGUGAGGGAUCUGGUGAAGGUUCUGGUGAAUUUUCUGCUGAGAGUUCUGGUGAGGUUUCUGGUGAAGUUUCUGGUGAAGGUUCUGGUGAAGGUUCUGGUGAAGGUUCUGGUGAGGGAUCUGGUGAGGGCUCUGAUGAAGUUUCUGGUGAAGGUUCUGGUGAGGGCUCUGAUGAAGUUUCUGGUGAAGUUUCUGGUGAAGUUUCUGGUGAAGGUUCUGGUGAAGGUUCUGGUGAAGGUUCUGGUGAAGGUUCUGGUGAAGGUUCUGGUGAGGGAUCUGGUGAGGGAUCUGGUGAGGGCUCUGAUGAAGUUUCUGGUGACCGCAGCGACGGGGCUGGAAUCCUUGCCAAGGGUAUUAAUUCCGAGAAGAAGUUGCAGGAAAAGGGGAGGGUCGUAUCCGAAUAUGUCUUGAGGAAUACCACCUUGAGACAGAGCCCAUACCAGGGUUACAGCAGUAGGAGCAUGAGCAGGUUGACUAAGAGGCGCUUCGAAAAAGAAGAUAUAAAUGGAGAGAACUACCGGGGUAUGGAUGAAAAGAGAGAGCAGAGCGUGCAUGUGUAUUUUGAUAGUGGUAUGAGAACCAUUAGGGGUUCGAGAUUAGGUAGGGGUUGGAUAAGGAGCAGAAGUAGCAGGAGCGUUGACAGAGGCUAUUGGGAAGGGAGAGGUGAAGAUAGGCACGGGCGCGAGGAGGUUGAAAAACGGGAGCGAAAAGUAAAAACCAUGAGGGGAAGUUGCCACAAUGGUCGUGGCUUGAAUGGACUAGGAAUCGUUAGCCACACCUCGUCGGAUAUGGGUGAGGAAGGUUUCCAUGGGGGUUCCCAUGGGGGUUUCCCUGAGAGACGGGUACCCCUUCCACGAACGAUGUCAAAGGGAAAUAUAGGAGAUGGAGGAGAUUGUCCCCUGGAUGAGCCAGAAGGAACGAAAGGAGGUGGUACCGAAGAAUACCAAAACAGAUACAUGACGGAUACGCAGGAGGAUGAGAAGUUCAUACGAAAUGAAUUUUACACAGAAGCGGGAAAAAAUGAAAUGGAAAACGUGGAUCUAAUAAAAAAAAUGAAUGAAAAUUUCUGCUACUUAAAUAACAACGACAAGCUAAAUGUAAUAAAUAUCCUGUGUAGCUACAGAACUUACUUGAAAAGGAUUAUGCAUUACGAAUGUGUGAAGCAAGAUUACUCAUUCGAAGUGGAGACAUGUAUCUUCUACCUGGACUACAUUAGUGGUAGCGGAAUGACAAGUUGCAGUACAGGAGGAGGAAGUGAAUACAGCGGAAGUGCUAGGAGCAGUUAUGACAGUUCUCGUCCGGGUCGAGGAGGAUGUCACGGAAGAAGGGACAGACGCCACAGUGACAAUGGAGUACGGUAUGCAAAGGAGAGUUUACAAGGGGAGGAGAACACAUAUGCACAUCCUACCUUCAGCACUGAGUUGGAAAACGGAAAGAAGCAAAAGCUCUUACAGAAAAUAAAUUAUUAUGAAAACAAGAUUGGAGCAAUAAAUAAUAUUAUCUGGACUUAUACAUAUAUGAAUUCUAUUUACAUAGAACAAAUAAAGAAAUACCUUGCCCUGACUGAAUGCAUUAAGAGUUGUCCGUGUAGCUUCUAUUAUCAAGAGUUCGUUUCGGAGAACGAGGGUACGGAGGAGAUGCCCCUGGGGGGGGCAUCAACAUCGACGGGUGCAGUUAAUGGUGCAGUCAACGGUGUCGUUAACGGUGCAGUUAGCGGUGCAGUUAACGGUGAGGUUAACGGUGUUGUUGGAGGUGAUGUCUGGAGCUACGGGUUUGAUAAAAUGUACCAGGAUGUGGUGAACCAGAUGCAUAGAGACAUGGUUAGCCAGAUGUAUAGCGGUGCCGCGAUCCCAAUACAUAGUGUACCCCCAAGCCCAAUGCAUAGCGCGCCCCCUAGCCCAAUGUAUAGCGCCCCUCCCAGUCCAAUGUAUAGUGCCCCCCCGAGCCCAAUGCACCACACUGACGUAAACCCAAUGCGCCACACUGAGGUAAACACAAUGCACCACACUGACAUGAACCCAAUGCACCACACUGAAAUGAACCCAAUGCACCACACUGACGUAAACCCAAUGCACCACACUGACGUAAACCCAAUGCACCACACUGAGGUAAACACAAUGCACCACACUGACAUGAACCAAAUGCACCACACUGAAAUGAACCCAAUGCACCACACUGACGUAAACACAAUGCACCACACUGAAAUGAACCCAAUGCACCACACUGACGUAAACACAAUGCACCACACUGACAUGAACCCAAUGCACCACACUGAAAUGAACCCAAUGCACCACACUGACGUAAACACAAUGCACCACACUGAAAUGAACCCAAUGCACCACACUGACAUGAACCCAAUGCGCCACACUGACAUGAACCCAAUGCGCAAUGUGACUGCUACCCAAAACGCAGAACCCGAGCAUCCGAGGAAUUUCUCCGAAGAUGCGCGGAUCGUACCCGAGCAGAGCUUCUCGCAGCAAGGGGAGCAUCCAAGCGAAAAUCUCCAGAACAAGAAAAAUGGAGACGGAUAUACCAGUUGUCGGUUCGAACCCAUAGCUGAAGGAAAAAGAAUACCAAGCCAUGACUACAACAUAGAAAGAAAAAACAGAUGCAAGAGCAUUAUUAAAACACCUUUUGCUACUUACAUACGGGAGGUUAGCAAGCAAGACAAGAAUGAGAAGGCUGUUAUGGAGAGGAACUUGGGGCCUGUUAAGGAAGAUGAGAAGAACAAUGGAAGGAAACUCGUGCACGAUAAAUUACAUACUUAUCCUAUGAACAAGACUGUGUUAAGCUUCAAGAAGAAGAGAAAGAAGGGAUCCCUCGAGGGGAAUUACCCUGGGACCACAGCUAUCGCCAAAGGUGAAUAUCACCUACCCAAUGAAAAACGUAACUACGGGAUGAUGAGGGGGGGUGCCCCUUUUAACAGAGGCGUUCGUGUGGAUCACACAACGUUUUACAAUUAG